AUGGUUGCUGUGCCAGUCUGGGCCUUGAAGGUCGGCUGCUACUACGCAUUUAUAACAUGCGACACUGCCCCCGGUGUUUGGCCCAAGAACACGCCGACUGUCAUCGCAUAUCGCCCUCCAGUCUCUACUCCUUCUAGUACUCCUAGCAGUUCUGUUGGAGUGAGCUCAACCACGCUCGCUACUUCUACACACUCGUUGACCACCUCUGUCUCUGUCUCUGUGUCUCUGUCCUCUACCUCUAUUGGUAGUUCGUCUAGCACAGUCGUACCAAUCACUUCUACAGCAUCCACCUUCGUUACCUUCACCUCGUCGGGCGCAAUCCCGUCAGAGUCUGCUUCGGGCUCAGGCAUCGCCACUGUUUCAUCCGCUUCUUCUAGCAUCCCUACCCAGAGUGGGUCAUCAUCUGUCUCAUUGGGCUCCGCUUCUAGCUCUCCUGUCUCGUAUUCCGGAAGUUCUUCGGCCAACUCAUCUGCCUCGUCCGCUGUUUCGAGUGCUACAUCUUCGUCACUCGUUUCAUCCUCGGCUGUUUCGUCUGCACCUGUUUUCACAAGUGCUUCUGUGACUACUCCCAGCAUGUCAUCCACCGCCAUCUCGAUCUCGGCUUCUGCCACUGCCACCCCGCUCAACCACGCGGCUGUUGCAGCUGAUAUUCUGGUCAUUGCCAGAGAUGCAGCCUCUGCAGGCGUGGCCAGCUCCGGCCUCAAUGGAUACGGUAUCCCAUUCACCACUCUGAUUGUUCCCUCCGCUGGUGUGACUCUUCCCGACCUCAAUGGCACCACUGGAAGAAACUUUGGGGGUAUUGUCGUUGCCUCUGAAGUCAGCUAUGACUAUGGCGGUACCCUGGGCUUCCAGAGUGCCCUGACCACCGAUCAGUGGAACCAGCUUUAUGCCUACCAGCUUGAAUAUGGUGUUCGUAUGGUCCAAUACGAUGUCUACCCAGGUCCUAAAUUUGGUACAUCUGCUAUCGGCGGAUGCUGUGACAGCGGCGUUGAGCAACUUGUCUCAUUCACCGAUAUUAGUGAUUUCCCCACAUCUGGCCUGAAGACUGGCGCUGGUGUUAGUACCAGUGGUCUGUGGCAUUACCCUGCGACUAUCACCAACACCACCUCUACCAAGCAGAUUGCCUCAUUCGCGCCCACCACAGGCUUCACCACUGAGAGUGUUGCUGGUGUGAUUAGCGACUUCGAUGGUCGUCAGCAGAUGACCUUCUUCAUCGGUUUUGAUACUACUUGGAGUUCUACAUCCAGCUACCUGCAGCACGCAUGGAUCACCUGGGUCACCCGCGGCCUGUACGCUGGAUACCGCCGUGUCAACCUGAACACCCAGAUUGAUGAUAUGUUCCUCGAGACUGAAAUAUACUCACCCGCUGGUAAUAACUUCCGUAUUCGCGCCCAGGAUAUGAGCAAAAUUGCCAGCUGGACUGAUGAGAUCAACGCCAAGAUGCCCGCUGGCAGUUCUUACUUCGUCGAAGUUGGACACAAUGGUAACGGAAACAUCGAGAACUCUUCAGACACCUCGGAUUCUGGCUGGGAUGCUUGCGGGGCUGCUAUCGAAUACGAAUCGCCUGCUGAUACUCCUCUUGAGUGGAUCAAACCUCUCGGAACUGGCACUGACCUGUGGCCCGCUGUCCCCACUACUUACGACUGGACUGCUACUUGCACUGCCAUGGAUGAACUCCUAGCCUGGUGGACUACCGAAAGCAACCUCAACAAGUUUGGUCACAUUUCCCACACCUUCACCCACGAGGAGCAGGACAAUGCCACCUACAGCGAUGUCUACAAGGAGAUCAGCUUCAACCAGGCUUGGCUCAAGGCCGUCGGUAUCGACAAGGCCACCAAGUUCACUUCCAACGGUAUCAUUCCUCCUGCCAUCACUGGUCUGCACAACGGCGAUGCCCUUCGGGCCUGGUGGGAGAACGGCAUCACGAACUGUGUUGGUGACAACACCCGCCCUGCCCUUUUGAACAAAGAGAAUGACAUGUGGCCUCUCUUCACAACUGUUGCUGCCAACGGUUUCGAUGGGAUGCAGGUCAACCCUCGAUGGGCCUCUCGCAUCUACUAUAACUGCGACACUCCUGCCUGUACCGUUGCGGAAUGGAUUGCCACCUCUGCUGGUUCUGGUACCUUCCAGGACCUCCUGGACAUCGAGAAGGGUGAGACCAUGCGUCAUCUCUUUGGCCUCUUCCACGAUGGUUAUAUGUUCCACCAGGCCAAUCUCCGCAACAUUGAUGUUGACCCGAUUACCAUCAACGGUGUGACUGAAAAGUACUCCAUUAUGCAAGCUUGGGUGGAAACCCAGGUUCAGGAGUUUGUCCGCCUGGCUGAAUGGCCCAUCAUCACACUCACUCACCAGGAGAUGUCCGCUUCCUUCCUUGCCCGUUUCAACCGCGACAAGUGCGGCUACUCUCUAAGCUACGCCACCAGCAACAAGAAGAUCACUGCCGUCACUGUGUCUGCUACUGGCAAUACCUGCACUGACCCUAUCCCGGUGACCUUCCCUGUUGCCCCUACUAGCACUCAGGGCUUCGCCACUGAGCAAUUUGGCGCUGACCCUCUGACCGUCUGGGUCGAGCUCUCUGGCUCCCCUGUCACAUUCACUCUUUCCACCCCCAUUGCCCUUUAA